AUGCAGAUGCAGGGUGUGGAUCCUGAUCUUGUAACUUGCACGUUACUGCUUGAUGGUCUUUGUAAGAAUGGAAAGUUGGACGAGGCGCUUGGAUUGUAUUGCGAGUUGGAAACGAGUGGGAUUGACCUCGAUAUCUUUGUCCAUAGUAUUAUGAUAAAUGGUUUGUGCAAGGCUGACAUGGUUGAUGAAGCAUUCGGAUUGUUUAGUAAACUUUUAGAUAAAGGGAUUGAACCGAACGUACAAUACAAUGAUUACUGGAUUUUGUGGAAAAGUGUCUCUGAGAUGCCGCCAUUGCAGGGGUCAAUAGCCAUAUUGCUGUCAUCUUUAUUUACUUAUGCCGCUAUUAUCAUUGGGAUUUGCAAGUCGGGUGAUUGUGCUUUGGCCUUGAAUCUGCUCAUGAAGAUGGAGGAGAGGAACAUUGAGGUCAAUGUCAAAAUUUAUAGUACGGUCAUUGAUGGUCUAUGCAAAGGUGGAUACAUAGAUGAUGCAUUGAGCCUUUUCGAAAAGAUGGAUAGCAAAGAGAUUGCUCCAAAUGUUGUCAUCUAUAGUUGUUUGAUAAACGGCCUUUGCGUUUUUGACAGAUGGAACGAUGCUGUCUGA